CCUCCUGUCCCAUCCCCUCCCGGCUGUCUGGUCCGGUGCGGUCCCUCCCGCCGUGCCGUGCCGUGCCGUGCCGUGCCGCCCCGCUCCGCGCAGGCCCCGGCGGGCGCUAGGACCGCGCGGCGGGCGGGCAGGCGGGCGGCGCGGCUCGGUGCUGCAGUGGAGGCGGCGGCGCUGCGGGAGGAGGCCUGGCCGGGCAGCGCAGCGGCGGCGGCGGCGGCGGCUCGGCACGGCUCGGCACGGAGCGCCGGGCCCGCACCGGCCACAGGGGCAGGAGGAUCCAGGCAGGGGCUGGCGGUGGGCGACGGCCGCGGGAUCCCCCCUGGGUGCCGAGAGCCGGUGGGCUCCGCUCGGGUGCCUCCCCCCCCCGCCAUGCCGUCCAGCGGGACCCUCGACGCCAGCAGCCCCGCGCCGGACCGUGAGGGGCUCGACACCCCCAAGGGGGAAGAGGAUCCCGAGGAGACCCCGAGCAAGGAGGAGAAAUCGGAGCCAGGGACAGCCAUGAGGAAAGCCGGGCGGCCAGGCCGCAAGCGCAAACACACGCAGGCGGAGAGCAGUGACACCCCCAAGGACACAGCGGCCAUCCCCAAGUGCCCGGAGGCCACCCCGGCCGAGCCGCUGCCCAACGGGGACGUGGAAGGGGAUACUGGUGGCCAGUGGAAAGAAGGUGACAGCAGCCCCAAGGGCGGGCGGGCAGAGGAGGAGGAGGAGGAGGAAACAGAGAGCCUGGGGGACGGGGAGGCGGGACGGGGGCUGGAGAACGGCCGCUGCUCCCCCAAGGAGGGCCUGGACCCCCCCACCGAGGAGGGGGAGCUGGUGCCCUCUGACCCCCAGAAGAAACGCGGCAGGAGGAAACUCCUGGAAGCCACCGAGAAAAGCAACAAGGAGGAGAAGGAGGAGAACAACUUCGACACCCUGAAAAUGGAGGGCUCCCGCGGGAGGCUGCGCGGGGGGCUGGGCUGGGAGUCGAGCCUGCGGCAGCGCCCGGUGCAGCGACACACCUUCCAGGCUGGGGAUCCCUACUACAUCAGCAAGAGGAAGCGGGACGAGUGGCUGGCACGGUGGAAGAGGGAGGCAGAGAAAAAGGCAAAAGUGAUCGCUGUGAUGAACGUGGUGGAGGAGCCGCCGCGGACCGAGCCACAGAAGGAGGAGGAGGCCAGCCCCCCCCCAGCCUCACAGCAACCCACCGACCCUGCCUCACCUAACGUGGCCACCACUCCUGAGCCAGCAGUGGCUGAUGCUGGUGACAAGAACACCUCCAAGUCAGCCGACGAUGAGCCUGAGUAUGAGGAUGGCCGGGGCUUUGGCAUUGGUGAGCUGGUGUGGGGCAAACUGCGUGGCUUCUCCUGGUGGCCCGGGCGCAUCGUGUCCUGGUGGAUGACGGGCCGGAGUCGGGCGGCCGAGGGCACCCGCUGGGUUAUGUGGUUUGGUGACGGCAAGUUCUCAGUGGUCUGUGUGGAGAAGCUGCUACCGCUCAGCUCCUUCGCCAGUGCCUUCCACCAGGCCACCUACAACAAGCAGCCCAUGUACCGCAAGGCCAUCUACGAGGUGCUGCAGGUGGCCAGCAGCAGAGCGGGGAAGAUCUUCCCGGCAUGUCCCGAGAACGACGAGACCGACACCUCCAAGGUGGUGGAGAUCCAGAACAAGCAGAUGAUCGAAUGGGCCCUGGGGGGCUUCCAGCCCUCCGGCCCCAAGGGCCUGGAGCCCCCCGAAGAGGAGCGCAACCCCUACAAAGAAGUUUACACGGAGAUGUGGGUCGAGCCCGAAGCAGCCGCCUACGCACCACCACCCCCCGCCAAAAAACCCCGGAAAAGCACAACGGAGAAGCCCAAGGUCAAGGAGAUCAUCGACGAACGCACCCGAGAGCGGCUGGUUUAUGAGGUCCGGCAGAAAUGCAGGAACAUCGAGGACAUCUGCAUUUCCUGCGGGAGCCUCAACGUGACCCUGGAGCACCCUCUCUUCAUCGGGGGAAUGUGCCAAAACUGCAAGAACUGCUUCCUGGAGUGCGCGUACCAGUACGACGACGACGGGUACCAGUCCUACUGCACCAUCUGCUGCGGCGGCCGUGAGGUGCUCAUGUGUGGCAACAACAACUGCUGCAGGUGUUUCUGCGUGGAGUGUGUGGAUCUGCUGGUGGGCCCGGGGGCAGCAGCAGCAGCCAUCAAGGAGGACCCCUGGAACUGCUACAUGUGCGGGCAGCGGGGGCUGCAGGGGCUGCUGCGCCGCCGCGACGACUGGCCUGCCCGCCUCCAGAUGUUCUUUGCCAACAACCACGACCAGGAGUUCGACCCCCCAAAGGUGUACCCCCCAGUGCCGGCCGAGAAGAGGAAGCCCAUCCGGGUGCUCUCGCUCUUCGAUGGCAUUGCCACAGGCCUGCUGGUACUGAAGGACCUGGGCAUCCAGGUUGACCGGUACAUCGCCUCGGAGGUGUGUGAGGACUCCAUCACCGUGGGCAUGGUGCGACACCAGGGCAAGAUCAUGUACGUCGGCGACGUCCGCAACGUCACCCAGAAACAUAUACAGGAGUGGGGACCCUUUGACCUGGUGAUCGGAGGCAGCCCCUGCAAUGACCUCUCCAUUGUCAACCCAGCCAGGAAAGGACUCUAUGAGGGCACUGGGCGACUCUUCUUCGAGUUCUACCGCCUACUCCAUGAGGCCCGGCCCAAGGAAGGUGACGACCGGCCCUUCUUCUGGCUCUUUGAGAACGUGGUGGCCAUGGGGGUGAGCGACAAGAGGGACAUCUCCCGCUUCCUGGAGUCCAACCCGGUCAUGAUCGAUGCCAAAGAAGUCUCCGCCGCGCACCGGGCACGGUACUUCUGGGGGAACCUUCCCGGGAUGAACAGGCCACUCGCCUCCACCGUCAACGAUAAGCUGGAGCUGCAGGAGUGCCUGGAGCACGGCAGGAUAGCCAAGUUCAGCAAAGUGCGGACCAUCACCACGCGCUCCAACUCCAUCAAGCAGGGCAAGGACCAGCACUUCCCCGUCUUCAUGAACGAGAAGGAGGACAUUUUGUGGUGCACGGAGAUGGAGAGGGUCUUUGGCUUCCCGGUGCAUUACACGGAUGUGUCCAACAUGAGCCGCCUGGCCCGGCAGAGGCUGCUCGGCAGGUCCUGGAGCGUCCCCGUCAUCCGCCACCUCUUCGCUCCCCUGAAGGAAUAUUUUGCCUGCGUUUAAAAAAAGAGAGAGAAAAAAAAAUUUCGUCAAAAAACCCACAAAAAAAAACCAACAAAAAAAAAACAUACAAUAAAGAAAAAGGGACGGGGGACAAAGGAACUGGUGCCACACGGAGGGAGCGAGUCGGAAACAAAAAGAGCCCAUCCACGCCUGAGAGAAGGGAAAGGAAAACAAAAAAAGAAAAAAGAAGAGAAGGAAAAAAAAACAACCAACAAAGAGAGCUGGAAUGAGAGCAGAGUCAGCACCCAAAGAGAGACGGGACUUGGCAGCCCGGCGGGAACCCGGCACACGUCUCCCCGAGCGCAAGGGUUCGGUGUCCUCUCCUGAAAACCCAAUGUGCAGCUUUUAGCCUAUUUAAACAAAAAGAAAACAAAACAACAAAAACCCCAAACACACACACACACACAAAAACAAAACAAAACACGAAAUGACAAAAGAAAAAAAACACCAAAAAAAGAAAGAAAACAAACAAACAAACAAAAAACCAAACACAAGCAAUUUUAAUUUUUUCUAUUUUUAAUUUUAUUUUACUUUUUUUUUAAGCGGGGGGAGGUGUGUGUAACCUUUUUAAUUCCCCUGCUCUCCCCUGGCUGGGUUUUCCUGUUGGUUUGGUUCCUGCUUCUUGGGGUUGUGGGUGAGCCCUGUGCCCCCCACCACCCCACCCCCCCGCCUUCUGCAGGAGGGGACCCGGCAGCAGCGGCCGAUCCCAGCCAGGGAAGUUGGGGAAGAAAUCACAAAAAAAAAAAAAAUACACCAAAAAAAAAGAAAAAGAAAAAAAAUACAACAAAACAAAAAAUCCACCCAAACCCCGUGCCGAGCUGGCAGGGGGGGGACCUGCUGCCCUCGCUCUUUUUUUCCACCAGCACCGUGAGCCGGAGCGGAGCCGCCGGCGGGGGAGCCAAGCCCACCCCCCCACAACACACCCACUACCCACCUUUUCUACAGUAUUUUUGGGUGCCUACCACACGGGAAACCUUGAAGAAAGCAACUCCUAGAAACCGCUGUUACCUCUUGUUUACAGUUUAUAUAUAUAUAUAUGUGCUAGCUCAGAGCUGCAGAGAUACCUGUAUCACGGUACUGUGACUACUGUACAACCUGAUUCACAUGGUGCUGACCACGGCAGGGCGAGCCGGGACGGCAGCUUCCACGGUGCCUUACGUGUGCCGGGCCUUGCCGAGCGGAGCGGCGCGGGAGGGGGCCGGGAAGCAGCGUCUCCCCCCCAAGCCCCCCCCCAGCCCCACUCAUGCAAUAACCUUUUUUUUUUUUUUUUUCUGUCCUAAAGAAAAACACAAAAAAAAAAAAAGGGUAAAAAAAAAUCCACAAAAGGACGCGCUCUCUCUCUCUCUCUCUCUCUCUGUCCCUCCCUUGGUGACACGGUGAUGGCCACCCUGGACGCGCACAAACGUACUGGUGCUUUUCUGCGUACGUGGCGUCCCCGGUGCUGGUUGUGCGUGUGUGUGUGUCCCCCUUUUUCCAGUGCCAUCCCGGUGGUCUGCCCAUGUGCCGGGGCAACGGGUGCUGUGGGCGGUGGCUCUUGCCUGAAGCUGCUGCAGUGCCGCCAUGGCAGGGCAGGGAGAGGGUGGGUGCUGGAGUGGUGCUGGAUUGCUGUUGGAUUCAUGUUGGUUUGGCGUUGGCGUGGGUGCUGGAGCGGUGCCGGAGCAGGUGCUGGCACGGUUGCCGGGGUGGUGCCGGACUGAUGCUGGAAUGGUUGCCAGAACCAGUGCCUGAGUGGUGCUGGAGCAGUUGUUGCCAGAGCAGUGCCGGUGCGGUGCUGGCGUAGCGCGGGAGCGGUGCCGGAGUGGUGCUGGUGCGGUUGGGUGCUGGCACAGUGCCGGCAGGCUUCUGGCUGAGGGUCCCUGGCCCCUGGUGCUACACCCACGGGGCCAGGCUGGUUUGGUGAUGAACCAGGAUGGGGCCCUGGUGCCACCAGGGGUGCCUCGUGCUAGGGAGGUGGCCUCAGAACCCCUUGCCAGGGCAAUGGGGACACUGCGGUGGAGACUGUGAUGCAGGCAGGGUGCUGGCAUUGCGGUGGAUGGUGCUACUCGUCUGGCAGCUUUGGGUACCGCAGUGGGUCCGGCUUGGUGCUGGGGCAUUGCCCCACGUCCCCGGUGUCCCACCGGGGUGGCUGGACUGGUGCUACGGCGUGGGGGCCAGGGGCUCCUGAGGGGUCUCUGGCCCCGUCGCCGGCUCUUCUCUAACUGUGAAAGGUGCUGGGGCUGGCAGGUGCUGGCAGCUCGGUGCUGGGUGCUGGUCAAUGGCAGCGAGCUGCGCCGGUGACCCCAGGGGCAAGAGGUGCUGGGACCGAUGGUGGUGGUGGGAGGGUCCCCACCCCGCGUGGUGCUACCAGGGGUCCAGAGGCCCCUCUGUCGGUGCGGGGAGCUGAGGCGAGGGGCACAUGGCCCCUGUAGCCUAGAGGUGCUGAGCUGCAGCUUCAGGCUCCAGCUUGUUCCUGGGGCCAGAUCCUCUGUGCCCAUGUGGGGCUGGGGGCCCAGCAGGGGGCUGCGGUGCUGGGUGUGGGUGCUGCAGGGUCCUGCAGCUCUGGCGUCCUGCAGCUCUGGCAGCAGCUCCUGCACAGCCCUGCAGCAUGGCAUGGGAGCCUUGCACGGCUCUGCAGCACCGGCUGCGAGUGCUGCAUGGCCCUGCUGCAGGGUUUGGGGGUCCUAGUGAACCCCCCAUGUGACAAUGGCCUGCCACAGCCCUGGACUGGGGGGUCCCAGUGGACCCUGCUAUGCCAUGCCAAUCCACUGUGGUGUUGGCACAUCCUAUGUGGCUCCUGCACCCGCUCUGGGCGCCCACAGUUGGGAUGCCCAAGCCACUGCUGGAUCUGAUGCCAGAGCUGGUGCUGGAUCUGAGGCUAGAGCCAGUGUUGGAGCUGGUGCUGGAUCUGAGGCUGGAGCCAGUGCUGGAGCUGGUGGUGGAGCUGAUGCAGAUCUGGUGCCAGAUCCGAGGCUGGAUCCAAUGCCAGACCUGAUGCCAGAUCCAGUGCCAGAUCUGAUGCCAGAUCUGAGGCUGGAGCUGGAGCCAGACCUGAUGCCAGAUCCAGUGCCAGAUCUGAGGCUGGAGCUGGAGCCAGAUCUGAUGCUGGAUCUGAUGCUGGAGCAGAUGCUGGAUCUGAUGCCAAAUCCAGUACUGGAUCUGAUGCCAGAUCUGAUGCCGGAUCCAAUGCUGGAUCUGAUGCCGGAUCUGAUGCCAGAUCUGAUGCCGGAUCCAAUACUGGAUCUGAUGCCAGAUCCGAUGCUGGAUCCGAUGCCAAAGCCAGUGCUGGAGCUGAUGCCAUGGGGAAGCAGAUUCCCAUGGUGGCCCAACUGGAAGGUGCUGGGUGGUGCUGGGGCAUGAUGGCAGCUUCGUAGGGCCCGUGGAGCCGCCAGGGGAAACAAGUUCAGUUGUAACAUACCCAAUCCGAGAGCUUUUGUUAACCCAACCUGAGGAAUAUUGUUGCACAGCCCGAGGUCAACCAGUGAUGAUGACAACAACAAAAAGCCUAUAAAUUCCUUCCGAUCCGCCGAGGGAGUAGGGGACAAACACGGUGCUAAAACAUUUUAUUAAAAAUAUAUAUUGUUAAAUUAAGUCUGCUGUCUGGACAAUGA